AUGUCAACCUUCCCCGCCGGGCGGCUGGCCGUCUUCGAUUCGGAAGAGGCAUAUGCCCAGUAUCGAGCAUCAGUGACUGACGAACGCCGAAGCUGCGGUGGCAAGACUGAGUCGCCGGUGCUCUUCCGUAAAUUCGCCCUCCUGCCUACCGAAAUUAAGCUCGAGAUCAUCAGCUAUGUUGAUUGCUUCUCCGAGUCCCCCCCAUCUCAGCUUGCCGCCUUGCUGUUCGUUUUCUCAGACAGGAGUUUCAUGCCUUCAGUAGUAGAUAUUGUUCGAGCAUUGUACGCGGAAGAAGCACGCCAUUUCCCUUUCCACGUCUAUAGAGCAGUGGAGCUCUCCUGGCAAGAGUACGGCGACAGCCAAUGGCUCUCAUUGUGCCACCACGAUCAUACCUGCUUCAACUCAUCAUGUCCGCACAAGUUUGCAGUCUCGGAACCACCCGCCACCGGAGCUACGUACUAUGUUACUGGCAUUGCUCCCUGUGGAGCUCAGGGGCUAUCUUUCCGGUGGCUUUACUACCUCAUUGUGCACCGGAAGUGUUUGGAAAGCAUCGAACACUUCAUUACCAAGGUCCUCCGCCUAGAGUGGCCGAACCUGCGCGCUGUGCUGCUUCGACUAUGGCCGUAUCUUCCCACGGAGAAUUCAAUGGGGCCAGGAACCGUAUACCGCCGGCAGCGUCAGCUCAACUAUCUGGCAAAGCUUCCCCAGAACGAGCGGCUCGAGCUGAACAGAUUCCUUGACCGGCUCUGCAGCGCGCUCAGUCACAAGGUCCGCCAUGACGGCUCUUCAGUGCGGACAGCAUACCGGAAGCGCAGCAGCAACGCGGAGACAACACCCACCAACCUCGAAGACUGGCUCUUCCCGCCGAUUGGGCCGUCCCGAGGCACUCUUCCCGUCGUUGGGCCAGAAUUCAUGAUCGAAACAGGGGUCUACAAACCCGCUAUGAAGCACUUCCUGCUCUCGACUCCCAUCAUCACCUGGACGACAACUCUGCGCGAAAACGCUACAGUGCCUGUUCCCCGACCGCUCGGCUACUGGCUUCCGAGCACCGGGACGACCUUUCCGCGUACUCCGCCGUAUGAGCUCGACAGCAUAGUACCGGGCGAGUGCGUUGUGCUCACCUUUCCGAGCCACAUAUUCAACUGGCCGAUGCACGACUCGCUUAGUAUAUUCGAGAAAGCGGUAUCACAGCCAGAUGGGCGUGCGUUGAACAUUCGCAAGCAGGUGGCCGAGUGCUUGGCCUCUGGUGAAAGAGUUCGGCGCCGUUCGGAGCUUAGUCGUGUUUGGCCAGAGGUCUGA